AUGGUUGCCUUCUCCUUCACACUUCAGGCCACGGCCGCCGCUCUUGGUCUCUCGUCCGUCAUCGUGGCACUACCCACGAUUUCCAGGGCCGCCGCGAGCGAUACCAUCACCGCCAACAACUGGGGCCGAGAAUGGGAAUUCAACUUCGAUCCCAAGGCCGCGAUCCGACGCGCAGGUAUGCCCAAAGGCAGAGUCAAGACCAUUGAGAUCCCGCUCAACGACGACCACCACCACACCGCGCCAAGCGAGGAGAUGAUCACGGCACCGCCAUUGAAGGCGGCGAGAUCCGUCAACACUUCAGCUCUGUACGCACGCUCGGUCAACGGCGUCCGCAACUUCGACAUUGUUCAUCCGUACGACCGCAUUGGCCGCGUGGAAUGGGGCAACGGCGUGUACUGUACCGGGUCACUGGUGGGAUCUAACCUUGUCUUGACAGCGCGGCACUGCAUCCCCGACAACAUGGAUCCAGUCUCGUUUGUCCCCUUUGCUGAAACUGAGAUUGAUUCCUCAGUUGCAUAUUGGUCAACCUCCUACGCCCUGCCCAAGGCCACCAACAACACAAACUGCGAAAACGUCGACGACUGGGCCAUCAUCCGCCUGGCCGACCGCAUCGGCGACGCGCUGGGCUUCUUCGGCGCCAGCCCUGUAGACCCGCGCCUGCGCGACGACCCCCGGCUCGCGGUCUGCGGGUACCCGGGCAGCAUCGACGGCGGGCGCAACCUGUACUGCCACCGCGGGGUGAGCUUCCACAAGUACGACGCGCGGUGCGAGCGACCGGGUUUGACGGUGACGGGGCCGGAGCAGAGACCUGGUUUGCAUGCGGAUGCGGCGCUCGCGGGAGGGGAGUCUGGCUCGGCGCUGUGGUUUCAGCAGGCUCGGGGUGGUGGUGGUGGUGGUGGUGAGGCAGAGGAGGAUGAGGAUGAGGGUUUGGCGGAGUAUGUUAUGGGUGUAGCGUCGGUGGUUUAUGGUGUUGGUCAGGGUGAGGAGAAGGAGACGGUGAGUAUCUUUGCUGGGAGCUUGGGGAUGGUUAAUGCUAUUAUUGGGGAGCGCGAAAGGGAUGAUUAG